CCUCCUGCCUAUUUCGACGAUCAGCUACCAAUAGGUACCCACCACGUGGAGCCAUUGCUUCUAAGUCCUAUUCACCAGGUGUGAUACAGCACCACUACAAUAUGAGCAACCAGUCUCUUCUGCAGUAUCUCUCUGUUGCCCUCCCGGCUAUUCCUAUUCAAGGUGCUGCCCCAUCGCGGAAUACAACGAACCCCCGCUAUGGUGCGGGAGACAUCAUCCAGGUCGUCGAUUGGCCAGAGUUCAAUUAUGCAACAAUUAUUCAACGAUACGGCGGCAUUUUGAACUCAAAGCAGAUCGUGUCCGAUCCGUUCAGGUCCCCUCCUGCCGCUAUCAGAGAUGAACCCCAUUUCCACCUUCGAUUUGCCGAUCACAUUUGACAGCGGAGGCUCUGCAGCGUACGUCGACCAGUUUCGACCAGACACUGCAUUCGUCGUCGUGGGGGGGACCUACGCCGAAAGCACGAACCGAGCCCCAGGAGACAUAAAAAUCUCAUAGAAAUGGCGUUUUAAUUACCGGCAUUCGCAGAACGCCUUCUUUCAAGAAUAGUACAAGCAGGUCUUAACGCAGGUGAAUUUCUAUAUAAACCAACACAAAGCGCGUUAUAGAUUUAUGCUUACUAAUACCGAGUUUAUUG